AUGAAGAAGCGAAAAUCAGUUCAUCAAAAUGAAGAUCCAACUAAUACCAAUAUCACUCCAGAGACCACAAAGGAUAAGAAAAGAUGCAGCAAUGCAAAGAAUUUUUGUUCUAAUACCAUGAACAAUCCAGACAUUCCAUUGCGAUCAGUAUACUGCAGACUCUUUCAGGGUAUUGAAAACGGGAUUGUUCAAUCAAGUACAAAUUCUUUGCAUGAGCGAAUUAGCAUGCUCUCACCCCAGACACCUACUAAUAUACGCAGAUUGCAACUUGGAUUUGAUACACUUACUGACAAAAUCUCAGACUCGCCAAUACCGAGCAGCUGUUUGACUGGGUAUAAAUCUCAAGCCCUGCAGCCACAGAUGCCUAUGUCAGUUGGUCUAUCAUUUGAGCAGAUAAAACAAAAUAACAAAGCCCGACAUUCAGCUUCAGUGCAACUUUCACCUAUUUCAUCUCAGCAAGAUCGUUUCAGAUCUCCAAAGACGUUAGUCCAGAAAAAGAGGAAGGAGAACCAAAAUCGGAAGUUGCCUGAUAAGAGACAGAGGAAGAGGACAUCAGAUAUUUUGAAAGACAUUACAAAUAUUGACUUUUCUUUGGCUACAGAAGAUCAAGAAUCACCAGCUUCAACAGUUUUUCCUGAUACUGAUUUUGGAGCAAUUAUAGAUGACACUGCUGAACUAGAAUUCGACUGUAGUUCUGUAGAUACAACUGAUUCAGAGAACGAAUCUGAUGUUGAUCUUAAUACAGAAAAGUCUAAAGCAGCUACAAAAGGAGACAACAAAGAUGAAUAUACUGAUGAAGGUGAUCCAAUAUACACAUGUACACACUGUGGUGCAAUAAUGUGGUAUGGGGAACGUUUGAACAAACGCAGGAAUGCUAAGAUUCCUACGUUUUCACUGUGCUGUAUGCAAGGCCAAGUGCAAUUGCCUAAAUUGAAAGAACCACCAACUGUCCUAAAAAAUUUGAUGGAAGGUGAAGAUGCAGAGAGCAGGCAUUUUCAGAAGAAUAUGAGAGCCUAUAACAUGAUUUUUUCUUUUACUUCACUUGGGGGAAAAGUAGAGAGAUCUCUUAAAAAGGGAAAAGGACCACCUAUGUUGGUAUUACAAGGGGAAAAUUAUCAUCUAAUGGGCAGUUUAGCUCCCAAAAACGACAGCCAAGCUAAGUUUGGACAGCUAUACAUAGCUGACACAGAAAAUGAAGUUGAGAACAGAGCAAAGUGUCUGAGCUCUGGUAAAAAUGGAUUCCAGCCCAAUAAGAAGGAUACUCUGAGGAAAGACAUUAUCGAGAAAUUGAUGAAGAUGUUGGAUGAAGUUAAUCCAUAUGCCAAACAGUUCAGAACUGCAAGAGAUCGAUUUCAUAUUGCACCAGAAGAUUCUUUUCAUAUGAGGAUUGUAAGUGAGAGAUCUAAGGACGGGAGGACAUAUGAUACUCCCACAGCCUCAGAAGUUGCUGCUCUCAUUCCAGGAGAUUUCAAUCUUGAUAUGGAUAAAAGAGAUAUCGUUCUACAGCAGAAAACAGGAGCCCUAAAGAGAAUAAGCGAGAUACAUGCUUCUUAUCUUGCUCUUCAAUAUCCUCUAUUAUUUACUCAUGGAGAAGAUGGAUUCAGACUUGGUAUUAAAAAAGGUGUGACAAAAGCUACAAAGAAACAGAAGAAGCCUGAUAUCAGUAUGCGUCAGUUCUUUGCUUAUCGCCUACAUGAGCGUAAGAACGAGUCUCAUUCUCUGUUGCAUUCGAGAAGACUAUUUCAGCAGUUCUUGGUUGAUGCCUACACUACUAUAGAGUCCAACCGCCUACGCUAUCUGAGAUUUAAUCAACCUACUUUGCGGUCUGAUACUUAUGACUCUAUCAAACAGUCUGAGAAUGCAGGAAAGGUCGAUAUGAGUGAUCAAGGAGAGGAGUUUGUGUUACCAGCUUCGUUCACAGGGAGUCCUAGAUAUAUGAAGAAUCUUUACUUGGAUGCUAUGACAGUAUGUAAGCAUUUUGGAUUUCCAGAUCUUUUCAUCACUUUCACUUGUAAUCCCAAAUGGCCUGAGAUCACAAGAUAUGCAGCGAUGUACACCGUUGAGUUCCAGAAACGUGGUCUACCACACGCACACAUUCUCCUAUUCAUGGAUCCUUCGCACAAGUUUCCUACAACCGAUCACAUUGACAAUAUCAUUUCGGCAGAGAUUCCUGAUAAACUCCAAGAACCUGAACUUUAUGAAGUUAUUAAGGAUAUGAUGAUUCAUGGUCCGUGUGGAUUUCCGGUUUAUAGAAGGCGCGAACAGUCUGAGAACUUUGUCCUAAAGAAUGGUUACAAAUGUGACAAUCGGUGGGUUAUUCCAUAUAACAAGAGACUGUCUCUACGUUUCCGAGCUCAUAUUAACGUGGAGUGGUGCAACCAAGCUGGAUCUAUCAAGUACUUAUUCAAGUACAUAAAUAAGGGACAAGAUCGUGUGACUAUAGCUGUGGAACCGCCAGAUCACAUUGUUGCUAAUGAGUUGGGCAAUGAAGACAUAACAGUGGAGAACAUUGAAAAGAAAAGAAACGAGCUGAAGGACUUUUUUGAUUGCAGGUAUCUGAAAAAAGUGAUCAGUCGUAAGCUCAUUGAAAACACAAUGUUCUUGGCAUGGUUUGAGUUGAACAAAAUCGAUGAGUUUGCAAGAACACUAACCUAUGCCGAGAUUCCUAUCUACUAUAUCUUUGACAAGAAGACAAAGAAGUGGAAGAGGCGGAAAAGAGGUUUCUGUUUAGGAAGAAUAAAUUAUGCUCCUCGGAAACAGGAAGCAGCAUAUUUCUUGCGCAUACUGUUGAACAUUGUCAGAGGGCCUACAAGUUAUGAUGACAUUAAGACCUUUGAGGGAGUUCUCUAUCCUGAAUACAAAGAUGCAUGCUUUGCUCGUGGGUUAUUAGAUGAUGAUCAGGAGUACAUUGAUGAUAUUGUAAGGAGAAGCUACGACUGCUCUGCAAGUGAUCUACGACAGAUUUUUGUUAUCAUGCUUAUGAGUAACACUCUUUCUCUGCCAGAGGUUGUAUGGGAAAACACUUGGCAGUAUUUGUCGGAAGUAAUUGAGCAUAACAGAAGGAAAUAUUUGAAUAGACCAGGAUUGGUGUUGAGCGACGAUGACAAAAAGAAGUAUGCAUUACUAGAGAUUGAGAAGCUGUUGAGACGUAACGGCACAUCUCUACCAAGAUUAACUUCAAAGCCAAAGCUGCCAAAGACAAGCACUCAAGAUUUUAAUGUCUUGGUAGUUGAUGAGCGCAGCUAUGAUCAAGGUACACUAAAAGAGACUCUUGAUAGAGAUAUUCCGAAAAUGACAGAUGAGCAAAAGGAAAUUUAUGAUAAGAUCCUUGCUGCUGUUGAUCAAGGAAAUGGUGGAAUGUUUUUUGUUUAUGGAUUUGGUGGGACUGGAAAAACUUUUAUCUGGAAGUUACUUUCUGCAGCGAUUAGAUCUCGAGGGGAUAUUGUUCUAAACGUCGCAUCAAGUGGCAUUGCUUCGUUGUUACUACCAGGAGGUCGGACUGCUCAUUCAAGAUUUGGUAUCCCCUUAAAUCCAGACGAGUUUUCAUCAUGUACUAUGCAGCCUGGAACUGAUCAAGGUAAUUUAGUCAAAGAAUCAUCACUCAUUAUAUGGGACGAAGCUCCAAUGAUGGGCAGACAUUGUUUUGAAGCUUUGGAUAGGAGUUUAUCUGCUAUAAUUGGGAAGCAUGCGAACCAGCCCUUUGGUGGAAAGGUUAUUGUCUUUGGGGGUGACUUCAGGCAGGUUCUUCCGGUUAUAAAUGGAGCUGGUAGGACUGAGAUCGUUUUGGCUUCUCUCAAUAAGUCCUAUCUUUGGGACCACUGCAAAGUUCUGAAGCUCACCAAGAACAUGCGUUUAUUAUCGGAUGGUUUGUCACCAGAAGAGGCUGUGGAUCUUAGGGAUUUUUCUGAUUGGAUAUUAAAAGUUGGGGAUGGUAAACUUGCAGAGCCUAAUGAUGGUGAAGCCGUGAUCGAUAUUCCAUCAGAAUUUCUUAUAACAGACUCCGAAAAUCCUAUAGAAGCAAUCAGUACAGCCAUUUAUGGGGAUACUUCUUCUCUACAUGAAAGAAAAGAGGCCAAGUUUUUUCAAGAGAGAGCUAUCCUAUGUCCGACUAAUGAAGAUGUCAAUAUGAUUAAUGACUACAUGCUGGAUAGGCUUGAUGGUGAGGAGAAGAUUUACUUAAGUGCCGAUAGUAUAGACCCAAGAGAUAAGGGUUCGGUCAACAAUGAAGCAUUGGGACCUGAUUUUCUUAACACUAUUAAGGUGUCUGGUUUACCUAAUCAUUGUCUUAGACUGAAGGUUGGUUGUCCUGUAAUGGUUUUGAGAAACUGCGAGCCUUCAGCUGGGUUAAUGAACGGCACGAGACUACAGAUCACUCAACUAAUGGACUUUAUGGUUCAAGCUAGGAUUAUAACUGGAGAAAAUGUUGGACAUUUGGUAGAUAUUCCAAGAUUAUUGAUUACACCAUCAGAUACUCGACUGCCUUUUAAGAUGCGCAGAAGGCAAUUGCCUUUGGCAGUGGCAUUUGCUAUUACAAUAAACAAAAGCCAAGGUCAAUCCCUAUCCGAAGUUGGUUUAUUUCUUCCAAGACCUGUGUUUUCACACGGACAACUCUACGUGGCUGUGUCUAGGGUGACUUCUAAAAAAGGUUUGAAAAUUCUGGCUGUUGACAAAGAUGGUAAACCUCAAAAAAAAACUACAAAUGUUGUGUUCAAAGAGGUUUUUGCAAACCUGGAAGAGUGUGUUUGA